AUGAAAUUAGUGACAGAAAAAUUGGAGCUUGAUAAUGGUAUGUUUCAGGCCAUGGUUCCUGUUCUUAUUCAAUGCUUUGGAUUAAUUUUACUGGGAUUUGUUGCGGGAAAUCUUAAACUUCUAACACAUUCCCAAGCUAAAGGUUUGGGAAUAUACGUUACAUCUUUUGCUCUUCCGGCUAUCUUCUUCACAGUAAUGGUUUCAAUUGACUUCUCUAAUGUUGAUUGGUAUCUUGUCUUGUCUGUUUCUCUUGGGAAAGCUAUAGCAUUUUUCUGCACAAUGGCUACUGUUCUUAUCUUUUCUCUUGGUAAAUCGGUUGGUGCGGCUGGUCUUAUGGCAAUUUUCGUGUCACAAUCAAACGAUGUUGCACUUGCAUAUCCAGUUUUACGGCUUCUCUAUCCAGACUUGGCUCACUACAUUUAUCUAUUUGCACCGACACAACUGGUUAUAUUAAAUCCUUUUGGAUAUUUUGCUCUUGAAUGGCACCGAAACAAAGAAAAGUUGGCCUUGAGCUCGGUUCUGGCUCAGGGAACGUUACAACCCACGCAAAGGUCCUCGCUUGCAACUCUUCGAAAGAUUCUUAAAGUAUUACGCUUUGUUGCCUCAAAUCCUCUCUUCUUCAUGACUGUUCUGGGGGUGGUAUUCAAUCUUAUUUUAAAACACAAAUUACCCGACAUGCUGCAUGGCUUUUUUAAUGAUCUCGGUGCUUCCUUUAAUGCUACUGCUCUAUUUUACCUCGGAUUCAGCAUGGUGGGAAAGCUUAAGAAUAUUAAGAGGCGUGGGGUUUAUACUCUCGUCUUUAUUCUCACCUCAAAGAUCAUUCUGUCGCCUUUCAUAACUCGUGAGGUGACAAAGAUGCUGACCGCGCAUCAGCCAAGAAAUGUCUCCCUCGCCAAGUCGAAUUUCGCGUUUUUGUAUGCUGCUGCACCCACAGCACCCCCCGUCUUCCUUUUUGCCUCGAAAUUCGGUGUUAUUCCAGAAGUAGUGAAGUUCACUAUUGGUGUCCCUGUCUUAGAGCUUUCAGAGUUUUAG